AGCCCUCUGGCUAGCUGGCGUGUUUCAGACGAGAUGCUCAACGGGACCCCCGGACCCUUUGAGGGGCCGCAGUGGCCGUUCCUGGCCCCGAGGGGCACCUACACCUCCGUGGCCGUCCUCAUGGGCCUCGUGGUGGUCUUGGCGACGGUGGUCAACGGCCUGGUCAUUGUUGUCUCCGUCCGGUACAAGAGGCUCCGUUCUCCCCUGAACUACAUCCUGGUGAACCUGGCCGUUGCCGAUCUCCUCGUCACCUCCUUCGGCAGCACCAUCAGCUUUGCCAACAACAUCUACGGCUUUUUCGUGUUUGGCCCGACGGCAUGCGAGUUUGAAGGAUUCAUGGUCUCUCUGACAGGGAUUGUGGGCCUUUGGUCUUUGGCAAUCCUCGCUUUUGAGAGAUACCUUGUGAUCUGCAAACCGGUGGGAGAUUUCCGCUUCCAGCAACGCCACGCCGUCAUUGGCUGCGCUUUCACGUGGCUGUGGUCACUGCUCUGGACACUCCCUCCCCUCUUUGGCUGGAGCAGCUACAUCCCAGAAGGCCUGAGGACGUCCUGUGGGCCCAACUGGUACACUGGUGGAAAUGACAACAACAGCUACAUCAUGACUUUGUUUGUGACCUGCUUCAUAACACCGCUAGCAAUGAUCAUCUUCUCCUAUGCCAACUUGCUCUUGACCCUGCGAGCUGUGGCCGCUCAGCAAAAAGAGAUGGCCACAACGCAGCAGGCCGAGAGGGAAGUCACCCGGAUGGUGGUCACCAUGGUCAUGGCCUUCCUGGUCUGUUGGCUGCCUUAUGCCAGCUUUGCGAUGGUGGUGGCCACCAACAAGGACCUGCUCAUCCAGCCGGCCCUGGCUUCUCUGCCGUCGUACUUCUCCAAGACGGCCACUGUGUACAAUCCCAUCAUUUAUGUCUUCAUGAACAAACAGUUCCGCAGCUGCCUCCUGUCCACCCUGAGCUGCGGACGCCGACCGCAAGCUGCGCAAGGAACCACGCCAGCCGCCAUCAGCAGCCCCCGCGGCCGGACUUUGGAGGGGAGUCGGAACAAAGUGGUGCCGUCCGCUUCAGAAGGAAGUCAGAACGAUGCAAUGACUUCGUAACGACAUGGAUAACCGACACUCAAAGGCAGGGGUCCCCAAACUAAGGCCCGGGGGCCGGAUGCGGCCCUCCGAGGUCAUUUACCUGGCCCCCGCCUUCAGUUUUAUAAUAUAAUAUAUUGUAUAUACAUAUAAUAUUGAUAAUAAUAUUAUAAUGUAAUACAAUAUAACACUAAUAAUAAUACCAUAUAAUAAUAUUAAUUAUAUAUUCUAUAUUACAUAUAAUAUUACUAAUAAUAUUACAGUAUAGUGGUAUAGUUCAA